AUGGGAAACGCAGACACCAAACUUCACUUCAGGAAAGCGGUGAUCCAGCUCACAACCAAAACACAGCCCGUAGAAGCCACAGACGAUGCCUUCUGGGACCAGUUCUGGGCCGACACCGCCACCACCGUACAGGACGUCUUCGCUCUGGUGCCGGCGGCCGAGAUCCGAGCCGUCAGAGAGGAGUCUCCGUCUAACCUGGCGACGCUCUGCUACAAGGCGGUAGAGAGAUUGGUGCAGGGAGCGGACUCCGGCUGCCCCUCAGAGAAAGAGCGUCAGAUCGUCCUGAACUGCAUCCGGCUGCUCACCCGCAUCCUGCCCUACAUCUUUGAAGAUGCCGACUGGAGAGGCUUCUUCUGGUCCACUGUGCCCGGCGCCGGCAGAUCUGGGCGUUUGGAUGAAGAUGGCGAUGAUGAAGACGCUCGUCCUCUGGCUGAAUCUCUGCUGCUGGCCGUCGCUGAUCUGCUCUUCUGUCCAGAUUUCACUGUUCAGGGCCACAAGAAGAGCGGCCCGGAUUCAGCAGAGGACGUGCAGGUCAUAGACAGCUGUGAGUACAUCUGGGAGGCUGGAGUUGGCUUCGCUCAGUCUCCUCCUCUCAACUACCACCAUGACAUCAACAGGACAGAGCUGCUGAAGUUGCUGCUCACCUGUUUCUCUGAAGCCAUGUAUCUUCCUCCUUCAUCUGAAAGUAAAACCCUCAAUCCCUGGGUGGCCUUCUUCUGCUCCACAGAAAACAGACAUGCCCUUCCUCUGUUUACCUCCCUGCUCAACGUGGUGUGCGCCUACGACCCGGUCGGCUACGGCAUCCCCUACAACCACCUGCUGUUCGCCGACUACCGGGAGCAGCUGGUGGAGCAGGCAGUCCAGAUCCUUGUUGUGACCCUGGAGCAUGAAAGUAAGACGGCCGCCAGUGCCGCCCUCCAGGCCAUGGACACCUCCACGUCUCCUGGAGCUGUGGAGGAGCAGGAACCAGUUGGACCUGAUAACCUGUUUGUGAAUUAUCUCUCCAGGAUACACAGAGAAGAGGACUUAAGCUUCAUCCUCAAAGGUCUGGCUCGACUGCUUAAUAAUCCUCUGGUCCAGACUUACCUGCCCAAGUCCACCAAGAGGAUCCACUUCUACCAGGAGCUGCUGAUCCUCUUCUGGAAGUUCUGUGACUUCAACAAGAAAUUCCUGUUUUUCGUGCUGAAGAGCAGCGAUGUGUUGGACAUGCUGGUUCCAAUCCUCUUCUACCUGAACCACGCCAGAGCAGAUCAGUCUCGUGUGGGUCUCAUGCACAUCGGCGUGUUCAUCCUCCUGCUGCUGAGCGGAGAGAGGAACUUUGGUGUCCGUCUAAACAAGCCGUUCACUCUCCGUGUUCCCAUGGACAUCCCUGUUUUCACAGGAACCCAUGCUGACCUGCUGAUUGUGAUCUUCCACAAAAUCAUCACCAGUGGACACCAGCGCCUCCAGCCUCUUUUUGACUGCCUGCUCACGAUAAUAGUGAACAUUUCACCUUACUUGAAGAGUCUGUCCAUGGUGACAGCCAGCAAGAUGCUGCACCUCCUGGAGGCCUUCUCCACCCCUUGGUUCCUCCUCUCUGCCCCCCAGAACCACCACCUGGUCUUCUUCCUGCUGGAGGUCUUCAACAACAUCAUCCAGUAUCAGUUUGAUGGUAACUGCAACCUGGUGUACUCCAUCAUCCGUAAGCGUACCGUUUUCCACCAGUUAGCCAACCUGCCGUCUGACACAGCGUCUAUUCAGAGGGCCCUGCAGAAGAAGAAGAAGGAGAAGCCUGGGAUUUCCAGGACCAACUCUACAGAGACAGAGACCAUGGAGGGCUCCAGACCAGCUGUACCGGCUGAACCUGGAACGCUCAAAGCCAGCUUAGAGGCCACACCAGGAAUUGAUAAGAUAACAGAGAAGUCCCAGGUGAGUCAGGAUGGUACCAUGGUCACUGUGCCACACUUAGACUCCCCACAGACAAAUGCUGACAGCAGCGCUAUAGCCGGAGCCAGCGACACCGAGUCCAACUCAGAGAGAGACAACCAGGUCGACCACACAGAGUCUGAGGCAACAAGGAGCCGGUUAUCGAGUGUCUCGUCAUCAGCACCCUGGAGAGCUAAUACAGACUGGGUGUUGUCAUGGAAGUCGAAACUUCCUCUUCAGACCAUCAUGAGGUUGCUUCAAGUGCUCGUUCCUCAGGUGGAGAAAAUCUGCAUCGACAAGGGUUUGACAGACGAGUCAGAAAUCCUGAAAUUCCUUCAUCACGGGACGCUUGUCGGCCUCCUGCCCGUCCCUCACCCCAUCCUCAUCAGGAAGUACCAAGCGAACGCCGGCACCGCCAUGUGGUUCCGCACCUACAUGUGGGGAGUCAUCUACUUACGCAACGUGGAUCCUCCAAUCUGGUACGACACAGAUAUAAGGCUCUUUGAGAUCCAGAGGAUUUAGAGGAGCUGUCAUUGAAGAUGUUGGUUCUCUUCACGCGCUCAGCAAC